CUCGUGUCCACGGGUCUCGCGGGCUCGUCGUCGGUGAUGGCGGCACGCCUCGAAUGAUUUGCUGAUGUUUGGUUUGUGCGGACAACGGGACAGUCCUGAGGCAAAGCGAACUCUUUUCGGCGCAGGCUGAGGAUUAGACGGGGGCAGGUGGUCAUGUCAUUCCCAGCACUGCGCUGUUCUCAAGCAGACUUGUGGGCUCGCUGGGUGCCUGGCAGCUCCAGAGCGGGGGCUCUUCCCGAGGGACCUGCCUGCUCAGCCUCCCCAGGGCCUGAUGACUCCUUCUCUGGUCACUUUGCCCCUCUGCUGGCCUCAGCAGACAGCAGCUGUGUGGUCCCAGAGCCUCUGAGCUUCCACACUGACAUGGAGCUAAAGCAGGCGGGACAUGAGCAGCAGAGAGAGGCUACAGACGAUGAGGAGGCAGCACAGCCCCACAAUGUGCCCCUUGUGCUGAAGCUGGAGCAGCUGAGGCAGUGGCAGGAGCACAUGCAGCAGCAGCUCAGGGCUCAGCAGCUGCAGGAGCUGCUCCAUCUGCAGCAGGAGCAGCACAGACUCCUGGCCCUGAUGAGCUCCCCAUCCCACCACUCAGAGGAUGUGGAGGAGCUGUCAGGAGCAGACUGGGAAGAGGCCACACUUCACAGCAGGACUGAGUGUCAUCUCCACAACAUGGAAGGGCAGGGGCCCCGGAGCCAAAGAAGUCCACAGAGCCAGAGCCCACAGAGCCAGAGCCCACAGACACCCUUGAGAUUUCCCAGCCCGUACCAGGAAGAAGAGCAGCCGCUGACCCAGGGCAGUGGCUCCAGGCUCUCAUCCCAGCACCAAGAGCCUGAAGACAGCAGCACGCACUGGCACACACCUGCUGCAGACAGUAUUUGUGGUGUUUGUUGUGUCAGGCCCAUUAGACCUGGGACUGGUGCUCAGAGGACGUUUGAGGACCUGCUAGAGGAGCAGCUCAGACACGAGGAGAAGAGACUCAAGUCUGUGCACCCACCACAGAGUGAUCCUGGAGGCUGUGCCCCCCAGGCCCUUCCUAAAAGAGCGUUUCUGAGGAGAGGAGAGGGGCUUUUGAGGUUCACUGGUCACAAAGCAGACAUUUGCAAGAAUAACAGACCACCAGCUCAGACUGAAGCCAUCAUCCGCAGCAGUUCAGAGCCUGUCUCUGUGCAGAGUGGACAGUCCAGCUAUGGCCCCAAGCCUCUGCAGCGCAAAACAGCCACUGUCUCUCAGGAGCCCCGCCCCACCACCUCCCUGCUCCAGGACACCAAGGCUGCCCGCUUAAAGGGAUUACAGAGCCAGCUGCAGCUCCACCAGCCUCCACCACAAACUGUUCAGAGGCAAACACAAGGACCAGCCAGCACCAGGCCCACAGAGUCUGCAGCCUGUGGGAGCUUAGCCAGUGAGGCCAGACCCCAGGCUGAUAGCGCUCACCACAGGGCCGAAGCUUGGCCUACCGAACAGGGGCGAGGAAAGGGAUUGACACAGGGGCUGGGACAAGGACAGGGGCUGGGACAAGAGCAGGAACAGGGAGGAGCCAGGAGCUCUCAGGAGCGUUCCUUCCAGGAACGGCUGCUGCGCUGGGAGAAGGUCCGGCAGGAGGAGAGUGUGGAGCUGGGAGAGUUUGAACUGCUGGAGCAGGCUGCAGAGGAGCUGUCCUUUUCCUCCAACUCCUCCUUCGUCCUCAAGGUUCUUCAAAUGGAUCGGCAGAAGCAGCUCCCAGCCGAGGAGCUCCACCAGCGCCGCCUGUCCUCCACCCCAGUCAAAUCUCCUCCACAUCCAGUCUCCCGCCAGGGGCCCACUGAAGGGGGGCCACAGCAGAGUGCCAGGCAGGGACUGUGUGAGACGUCCUCGGACAGCUGGAAAAGACGAGACGACCCAGCAGAACAACAAGUGCCUUCAGGUCCAUGUGUCUAUGCUUUCCCCUGUCAGAGUAACCCUCCAUAUGACAAGCACACAUACCAGGACCAGCACCACUCCCCGACCCCCGGUGAGGAGGCAAACAGUGACGGUGAGGACUGCACUGUGACAGAGCACCUGCCAGAGGAGCACCCGUCAGAGGAGCACUGCCAAGAGAAGGCAGAGGAGCAGACGAGCAGGGUGCUGUUUGAUGACCAUGACACUUGGAGCCAGCUCUCUGAGGACCACAGUUUGAGCACAGACAGCCCAGGUGAACCGUCCUCUCCACCAGAGCACACUGUGGAGCAGGAGGCCCAACCCUCUCAACUCAUGAGCAGGCUCUUUCCUGCACUCAAGACACACUCCCACAAUGCUCCUGUGUGUGCUCCUCCCACAGCCAAGCCCCAGAGCGCUCCGACCAUCACACACCCUCAGCAGGCCCAGUCCCUCCUGCUCAGGGAGAGGCUGGCAGAGCUGGAAGUGGAGAUCCAACGCUUCAAAAAGGAGAACGCAUCUCUCGCCAAACUUCGCAAGGACAACCUCAGAGUCCAGGAGGAGCUAAGGAGGGAACGCAGUGACUUUGAACAGAUGAUGGUACAGGAAAGAAGCCGCUUGGAGGAGUACAAACGAGAGGAGAGCCGUAAGCUGCAGAGGGAGCGCAGACUGUGGGAGAAGCACAUGACCGCCGCAAGAGCUGCGCCCAACAAGAGUGAGCGCGAUGAGAUACAGGCUCUGAAGCAGCAGCUGAGCUCAGUCCAGGAGGAGCUGAGGAGGAAGGAGAGCCGUUGGGCCAACACCCACAGCAGACUGCGCCACCAGCUGGAGGCUCUGGGGCAGGACAACAGAGGCCUGCGAGAUGAGGUGAAGACUCUGGAGAAACUGCGCAUCACAGCCUGGAAGAAGAACUCCAUGGACAGUGACAAACCCUCUGCUGUCAAAGGAGUCAAGUUUGCUACUCCUCUAGACUCCAGCAGCACUAAUCACAACAGCCCUCCUGCAGCGGCCACUAGAUGGAGCCGCCGGGCAUCUGCUCCAGGAGGCAUGGUGGGGACAAAAGGAUUCAAGAGCAGUCUGAGGAGGCCGUCUCUAACAGUAACUACAGUGGAGGAAACUGGGCAUGGAGAUGAGAACCAGUCCAGCUGGAGUCCAGAGGAGGCUCACGCAGGCUCCUCCAGUGACACCCAGGCCGAAGUGAACCCAGCACAGGACUAUGAGAGGAGGAAGCAGGAGCCACAAGAGGAGGUGCUGGGGCUCGACGGGAAGGUGGAGCAGGUCCUGUCCAAUGGUGCACGGCUCAUAGUCUUCCCCAACGGCACCAAGAAGGAGGUCUCACCUGACGGACAGACAGUCAAAGUCACGUUCUUCAAUGGAGACACCAAAGAACUGACAGCAGACCAAAGAGUGAUCUACUUCUACGCAGAGGCCAAGACCACUCACAUCACCUACCCUGACGGCAUGGAGGUGCUGCUCUUCCCCAACAAGCAGACAGAGAAACAUUUCCCUGAUGGUCGCAAAGAGAUCACAUUUCCUGACCAGACGGUGAAAAACCUGUAUCCAAAUGGACGAGAGGAGAGUGUUCUGACUGAUGGCACCGUCAUCCAGAUCCACCCAGAUGGCAGUAAGGAGAUCCACUUCAACACAGGGCAGAGGGAGGUGCACACAGCAGAGUACAAGCGCAGGGAGUACCCAGAUGGCACGGUAAAAACGGUCUACAGCGACGGGCGCCAGGAGACCUGCUACCCCACAGGACGCCUCCGAGUCAAGGACAAAGACGGCAACAUCAUUCUAGACACACCCUAAACUUUCCAUGUUCAUUUGGGAUGGAUAUCUUUAUGUAUUUGUCUCUCAAGUCUGGAAAUCUAGUUCUACUUCAUCUGAAUUAUUUCUAUAUUAUAAGGUCCUAUAUUGUGCAUUCCUCUGGCUUGUGCAGAUUUACACGUUUGCUCCGUAGCCUUUGCAGUUUAAAUAAGGCUUUCUGCGAGCAUCACUGGCCUCAUUCACAUGCACACCAAAAUUUGAUCAUCGGACUUCUGGACAUUUAAGAGGAUUUAAAUGACACAUAAACCUCAAAAUGUGUUGGAUGUGUGUAAUCAGAGGGACCAUGAUCAGAAAUCAUCAUUUUCACCUGAUUAUCAGAUUCAGGGUGCAUAUGCAACACAGAUUCAUUUUCUUUGAAUGAAUUGAUGUGGGUGCUGAAUAAGUAGGAGUGUGGUCAGUGGAGAGUUCAGCUCAUAGGGAGCUCAUAGGGAGACUUUGUUUUUAUGAGCAAACUCAGUUUAGCAGGAUAUAGGACCUAGCUCCUUGGUGCUUUUUCUGUUCCAUUUUGUAAAAACUUGAUACACAUUUAUUUCUCUAUUUAAAAUAAAUUUGUAAGAAACACAGUAAUUACGUUGUACCCAAAACCACUUUGCCAGCGGUGUUUGAAGAAUUACCUGGCCCUGGUACACAAA